UUAACCGACAGUCGAGCGCGAGGUUUCGAGCUCGCAAGUAUCGAGAGGUCGAACUCGUUUCGGCUAGAGUGCAUCCGAUGCAUCGUUCGACUACUCGGGACGUAUUUAAAUUCUGUGCGCCAUACGAUUCAACAUUCGCGAUUGUUAAACAUUAUUCUUCGAGAAAAUGACUGUACUUUCACGGUAUACCUUGAAGGAAGUAGCUCAACAUGAUGGUACGGACGAAGCCAGUACCUGGACCAUCAUCCACGAUCUAAUAUACGAUGUCACCAAUUAUAAGGCCAAGCAUCCUGGCGGUGCAGAACUGAUCGAUGAAUACGCGGGCCGAGACGCGACAAUCGGAUUCGACGAUUUUGGACAUUCUUCGGACGCGAAACGCAUGCUAAAGGACUUCCUCAUCGGAGAACUAGUAGACGAAGACAAAAUGGCCAACAAAAAGAAGAAAAACACGAGUUUCAAUAAAACGAGAAGACGUUCCUGUCAGUAUUAUGUGGAAGCUGCACGCGGGAAGAUCACUGAACGCCCCCAGAUUCGUUAAGUUAUAGUAAUUUAUUUCCUUUUUUUUACCACUAACAUACAUAUCGAACUAGUUGUAAACUUCUACGUAGAAUAAGAAUUUCUAUACGUACAAGAUGUUUUUAAAAAAAACCGAUUUCUAAAUCCCUAUUGAAUAAUGGACGCUCGAGAAUCGGAUAGAGUCGUGAAACGUUGGCAGCGCGUUAAUUGUACACGAAUAAAAAGAUGAAUCAAUCGAUGGAUCGAUGGGCGAAUGGUAAUUUAUCUCUAAGAGUGUUCAAAAGUAUCACCUUGUGUCGACAAAAUGGACGACGAAACCAAACACGUUCGCACGCGUCUUUUUUCAUUUUUUAUCAGAUUUCGGCUUGUAUAUACUUCCAUUAAUAUCUGAAAAAAAAACAAACAAACAUUGUAAAGUAAAAAUAAAAAGAAUAAAUAUG